AAACAUAUUAAACCUAACUAUUUGCAAAUGUAAUUUAGAAUUUUUUAAUUAUACUAUAUCUAUAACUCAUAAUUUAUAUAUUAUAGUAUUUUGUAUUUGCAUUGCAUACAAAAAAAGUAUAUGUUAUUUCAGGUAAUUAAAACUUCCAUGGUAUAUUUAAAUCUUUUACGAACAGUAACAAUGUAAGAUAUAAUAAGUGUAAAAAUGUCGAAAAUAUAUAUUUUAUAUAGAACAAAAAAUAAGAUAAUAUAUCUUCCUUAAAUAAAAAUUUAUAAUAAAUAAUUAUUAAAAUAAUUAAAGUAAUUAUAUAUAUAUGUAUGUAUGUAUGUAUGUAUAUGAACACAUAAAGAUACUUGAGCGAUUCACUUGAAAAGCAAUUCACUUGAUAAUAUACCCGGCAAUAAAAUUAUUUUUCAAAUUUAUUCAAUAUAAUAAGUGCCAGAAUUUUAGCAAUCUUUGAUGUUACUUUUUGUUACGGUAUGUAUGUCAUACACUGGCAUAAUAAAAAAUAUAUAUUGUUGAAAAGAUAACGUCAAGAAUUUUUUUGAUAAAGAAAAGUGCCAUUUGAGUUAUUUACAGUGUUACCAGCAAAAAUUGGUUUAAACAAAAAAUAUUAGCACGCAAAUACGCGAUUAUAACAUGCGAAAAGUUCAAAACAGAACAAAAAUGGUAUAUGGUGUAAAAAACAUUAGAAAUUUUUUAAAUUUAUCAUAAAUCAUAAAUUUAAAUACUUUUUACAGCAUUUAUCAUUUGUGUUUCUUUCUGAGAAAUUCGUACAUUAUUAUACACAAAUAUUUUUUAGAUUUAAUCUGAUUUCGCUGACAUAAAUUGGCACUGUAAAUCAAACACCAACUUUUCCUUAUAGACAGCAUUUGACGUCACUUUUUCAAUAUAAAAUUUGGUUUGUUAUCUGCCAAUGUUGUCAAGAGCAACACUAAAGAGUCAAGAUUCUUGUAUUCAUCCAAUAAUUUUCUAAUUUUUAUCACACGUUUGUUUAAGAAAAUUUUAUGUUUAACAAAAUUUCAUCAUUAUAAAACUAACAUACCUUAUCAAUCAAUAUAAAAAGCACGGCUAAAGUAUAUAUCAUCAAACAAGAAAAAUCUGUGAAAUAAAAGCACCUUUGAUGUCACUUCUACGAAUCUAUCCUUACACUCCUCACGACACGCGAUGUGUCUCUCAGCCAUCUGACAAUAGAAACUUUUACGGACAAUCAUAUCGAUUGAAUAUACGUCCCUUUCAAAGUAAUUUUAAUAUUAGACUGUUCACUAAACUCUUCCAUCCGCGCAAGCGCUUUUUCAUUUUCCGGCACGAUAAAUCGCCUACCUAUGCCAGUGCAUCGUGCGCUUUCACGCAGUAAUCAUGUCAAAUUCAAAUUGUACGUUAAAAAGCGACCAAAAGAAAUAUCAUGACUACAGUUUACAAUUAAAUCGAUGGCUUCUCAAACCAAUCGGUGCGUGGCCACAAAUAAAUUCGAGCUUAAUAUUGAAAAUCUUUACAACAAUACAAAUCUUUACUUGUUCGAGUUUGGUAGCAGCAGUAACGAUACCGUGUUUACUUCAUGUGCUUCUCGAAAAAGAAAGCUUCAGUGCAAAAUUGGAUGCCAUUGGGCCAUUAAUUCACCGGACUGUAGGUUCAAUAAAUUACUAUAUACUGGUCAAUCGUAGUGCUGACAUUUAUAAAUUAAUACGACACAUGGAGGUAGAUUGGAGUCUUAUACGCAGAAUAGAUAAUCGUAAAAUAAUGGUGCAAUAUGCCAAGUUUGGUCGUUCCCUUACCAUGAUCUAUGGAGUCUUCAUGCAGAGCAGUACACUUUUUUUCGGCGUAGCAAAAGCAAUGAAAACUGCAACUAUUAUUAUCGGCAAUGAAACUUUUACUACACGUCCACUGACAUGUCCGAUUUACAAUAAAAUCAUCGACGCAAGAUUUCAUCCUGCAAAUGAAGUCGCAUUGGUUAUACAAUUUCUGGCAGUGUUUAUAUUCAGUUCUUGUACUGUCGGUGCUUGCAGUUUAGCUGCCGUUUUUGCAAUACAUGCUUGUGGUCAACUGAAAGUGUUGUACGCGUGGUUAAACGAACUUGUUGAAAAUCAAGAAAAUGGAAAACAUGUAGCCGAAAAAAAACUGGCUGCUAUCGUGGAGCAUCAUCUGAGAGUAUUGAGUUUUAUAUCACGCGUUGAAAGUAUAAUGAAUACAGUUUCUUUCGUGGAAUUAAUGGAAUGUACAAUAUGUUUGUGCUUGCUUGGAUAUUACACUCUUGUGGCUUGGGAAACGUUUGAUACAGCAAAAAUAACAUCUUACGUUAUUCUGUAUUUAUCAAUGGGUUUUAGUAUUUUUAUAUUUUGCUACAUCGGAGAAAUUAUCACAGAACAGUGUAAAUAUGUCGGGGAAAUGGCGUACAUGACAGAUUGGUAUAAUCUACAUCACAAAACUGCAUUAGGUCUUGUUUUAAUUAUUCUUCGAUCGAAUAAUGUAAUGAAAAUCACCGCAGGAAAGUUAAUCCAUUUAUCUAUCGCAACUUUCGGUGAUGUAAUUAAAACAUCUAUAGUGUAUUUAAAUCUUUUACGAGUAAUGGUCAUGUGAAAUAUAGCAAGUUUAAAAAGAUGGAAAAUAUAUAUUUUGUAUAGAACAGAUUAAUAUAUCCUAAGAAAGAGAUUUAAUAAAUAAAACCAGUGAUUUUAUGACAGAAACAUGAUUGUUAAAUAUAAAAUUAUUUUCAAA